UUUCGGAAACUUUGAGCAUACUUGAUAUAUAUAUAUAUAUAUACACUUUCCGAACCCCCUUUAUUCUCUUACUUGACUUUCUUAUUCGAUCACUAUGACCAUGUCAAGAGCAUUGUGUAGACCAAGAUGUACACAGCCACCGAAAAACGUUCCUUCCAGUGGGCAAAGACAGAUAAUGAGGCCAAAAGAGAAGGUGGUGUUGGUGAUGGGAGCCACAGGGUGUGGGAAAACGAGGCUCUCCAUCGACCUGGCCUCGUGUUUUCCAUCAGAAAUCAUCAACUCAGAUAAGAUACAAGUGUACGAAGGGCUUGACGUUGUGACAAACAAAGUCACAAAGGAAGAACAACGUGGGAUCCCGCACCACUUGCUAGGGACACAGAACCCCAACACCGAAUUCACAGCUUCUGACUUUUGUGACAUGGCCUCACACGCCAUUCAAUCAAUCACCGACCGUCACAAGCUUCCAAUCAUCGUCGGAGGUUCCAACUCCUACAUUGAGGCCCUCGUAGACAAGUUUGGCUCCAGGUAUGAUUGGUGUUGUCUUUGGGUGGACGUGUCGAUGCCGGUGCUUCAUUCCUACGUGGCGCAACGAGUGGAUGAGAUGGUAGAUGGUGGAAUGGUUAAGGAGUUGAGACCUUUCUUCAAUCCAAACGGGGACUACUCAAGGGGGAUAAGAAAAGCCAUAGGGGUGGCGGAAUUCGACGCGUAUUUUCGGAGGGAAGCGUGUUCGAGCAACGAAACGAGGGUGAGGUUGCUGCAAGAAGCGGUGAGGGACGUGAAGAGGAACACGUGCCAGUUGGCAUGCAAGCAACUUGGGAGGAUUCAUAGGCUCAGAAGUGUUAAGGGAUGGAACAUUCACCGUGUUUCUGCCACACCCGUCUUUCAGAAACGUGGCCACGAAGCCAAUGAGACGUGGAACAGUAUGGUGGCGCAGCCAUGUACCUCCGUAGUUUCACAGUUUCUCUACAAUGCCAAUGUUGUUUCUCGCUCUAGAGUCUCACCUUCUCUGCAACAAAAUUAAUACUCAUUAAGGAUAUAUCAUAAUUGUUCUGUUUUUUUUUUUUUUUUUUUAAUGCCUUAGAAUCUUAGAUUGUGUUG